AUGGAGAUAAAGCAAUCUGUUCAGGAGAAGAUAGUUUUGAAACCUCUCAAGCCGUUUAAAAGACAAACAAUUCAACUCUCUGGUUUUGACAGGAUAUCUCCUGCCAUUCUCUACUCUGUUUUAUUUUAUGAAGUUGGUGAUCAAUCGUUUAUAAAGGAAGAAGAUGAUCCUUUUGGGAGAGCCAAAGAAGCUCUUGCGAAAGUGCUGGUUCCUUGGUAUCCAGUUGCAGGAAGGUUUAGAAUCAAUGAAGGAUCGGGGAAGCUGGAAAUUGACUGCAACAACCAAGGAGUUUUACUCGUGACCGCCGUUACUGAUUCCAAGCUUGAGGAGCUGGGAAGGCUGCAUGAAUACAAGGCUUGCUAUGAAAACCUGGUUCCUAAGCUCCCUUUUACCACUGAUAUCGCGGAAAAUCCAAUUGCAGUUGCUCAGAUAACAAGGUUUGCAUGUGGAGGUUUAGCUCUAGGCUUUGGUGGUAGCCAUGCUUUGUUCGAUGGAAUAGGAGCAUUCAACUUUCUAUCAUCUUGGGCUCACAUAUCAAAUGGGAAACCUGAGUCCGAACUCAUUGUGCCCAACCAUUCAAGAGAUGCUUUGCUAAGUUCCAUCUAUUCUCACCAUUUAAGCCCUGCACAUGCUUCAAUAUACGAACAAAACCACAUUACAGCUAUUCAAGAUCUGUAUGGAAUACCAAUGGAAGCCAAGGCCUCAGAUGACAGGUUCUGGGGAACUGCCUUGGCCAAAUUCAGCCAGGCUGAUCCUCAGGCUGGACUGGAACUGGUUACUCUAGCCAUCGGCAAGGAAACAGUGGAGAUAUUGAAAGCACAAGCAAUUGAAAGGGGCAACCUCCUCAAGUGCUCUACGUUUGAUGUUUUAUGUGCCCAUUUGUGGAAGGCAAGAGUGAAGACUCUGAAUUUAGAUGCAAACACAAACAUCUGUCUUCAGUUCCCGGUCGACUCUAGGAGCCGGCUUCGACCUCCGCUUGGUAACAACUUCACCGGUAAUGCCUUUGUUCUUGCCUCGGUUUCAUGUUCAGUCAAAAACCUGUUAGAGCAACCUUUGCAUGACACAAUCCGAAGAAUCCAAUCAGCUAAAGAUGAGAUCAGUGAUGAAUAUAUCAAAUUGUAUGCAAUGGCUCUUGAGGCCUCAGACAAGUUUUUCCCCUCGAUGUUACAACUGACCAUUGUAUCCGAUUGGUCAAGAUUUCCUUUCCACGAUCUCGAUUUUGGAUGGGGAAAGGUUUCAAACGCCGCUAUCUUAACUACUCCGGUGCCGGAAACUGCUUUCUUAAUGGUAAAUCUUGAAGAAUCAGGUGGGGGAUACUUAGUUCGGAUUGGUAUUGGAAGACAAUAUGUGCAUGAUCUUGUCACCAACUUCAAUAAUCUAAGCUAA